UUUUCCAUAGAAAAAGUGUUUGCCAGCCUCCCACAGGUGGAGAGAGGUGUUUCCAAAAUUAUUGGAGGUGAUCCUAAGGGCAAUAAUUUUCUCUACACUAAUGGAAAAUGUGUCAUCAUCAGGAACAUUGAUAAUCCUGCAAUUGCUGACAUCUACACUGAGCAUGCCCAUCAGGUUGUAGUUGCCAAGUAUGCUCCCAGUGGAUUUUACAUAGCAUCUGGAGAUGUCUCUGGAAAGCUGAGAAUCUGGGAUACUACGCAGAAGGAGCACAUACUGAAGUAUGAGUAUCAGCCAUUUGCAGGAAAAAUAAAGGAUCUUGCAUGGACUGAAGACAGCAAGAGAAUAGCUGUGGUUGGAGAAGGAAGGGAAAAAUUUGGAGCAGUGUUCCUGUGGGAUAGUGGUUCUUCUGUUGGCGAGAUUACUGGACACAACAAAGUGAUCAAUAGUGUGGACAUAAAACAAACAAGACCUUAUCGUCUAGCAACCGGCAGUGAUGACAACUGUGCCGCUUUCUUUGAGGGACCACCAUUCAAGUUCAAGUUUACAAUAAGUGACCAUACGCGGUUUGUGAACUGUGUAAAGUUUUCUCCAGAUGGAAACAGAUUUGCCACAGCUAGUGCAGAUGGCCAGAUCUUUGUCUAUGAUGGGAAGACUGGAGAGAAAGUGUGUGCCCUUGGUGGAGGCAAAGCUCAUGAUGGGGGUAUUUAUGCUAUUAGCUGGAGCCCUGAUAGUAGUCAACUGCUUUCUGCUUCUGGAGAUAAAACUGCUAAACUCUGGGACAUUGGUGCUAAUUCUAUUGUCAGUACUUUCAACAUGGGAUCAAAUGUUUUGGAUCAGCAGCUAGGUUGCUUGUGGCAGAAAGACCAUUUACUGAGUAUUUCUCUCUCCGGCUAUAUCAAUUAUUUGGACAAGAACAAUCCAGAUAAGCCUUUGCGUGUCAUAAAGGGUCAUAGUAAAUCAAUUCAGUGUCUCACAGUGCAUAAAAACGGUGGAAAGUCCUAUAUUUACUCUGGAAGUAACGAUGGACAUAUUAAUUACUGGGAUUCCGAAACUGGAGAGAACGAUGGCUUUUCUGGAAAAGGCCAUACAAACCAGGUUUCUAGAAUGGCAGUGGAUGAAAUGGAUCAGCUGGUCACCUGCAGCAUGGACGACACUGUGCGCUAUACCAGUGUCAGCAAGAGGGAUUACAGUGGCCAGGAUUCUGUGAAAAUGGAUGUUCAACCAAAAUGUUUAGCUGUUGGUCCUGGUGGAUAUACUGUAGUUUCAUGCAUUGGACAAAUUGUGUUGAUGAAAGAUAAGAAAAAAUGUUUUGCAAUCGCCGACCUGAGCUAUGAGCCGGAGGCGGUAGCCGUUCACCCCGGAGGAGGCACAGCGGCCGUGGGAGGAGCGGAUGGAAAUGUCUACUUGUAUUCAAUCCAAGGAACCUCUUUGAAAAAUGAGAAGACUUUGGAAGCUAAAGGUCCUGUCACUGACCUGGCAUAUUCUCAUGAUGGUGCCUUUCUUGCAGUCUGUGACGCAAACAAGGUUGUCACCGUCUUCAGUGUCACUGAUGGCUAUGCGGAAUAUAAUGUCUUUUAUGGACACCAUGCAAAAGUUGUUUGUAUUGCCUGGUCACCAGACAAUGAACAUUUUGCUUCUGGAGGCAUGGACAUGAUGGUCUAUGUUUGGACCGUAAGCGAUCCAGAGACCAGAGUCAAGAUACCAGAUGCUCACAGACUACAUCACGUAAGCGGCCUGGCCUGGCUGGAUGAACACACUCUGGUAACAACAUCCCAUGAUGCUUCUGUCAAAGAGUGGUCUAUCUCCUACCAGUGAAAUAAGCCCUCUUUGGAAGGACCUAAUCAGGGACUAGAACUACUGCAGUGGAACAUAGCAUUUCUUUUAAAGAAUCUUUAUUGUCCUCUGGGUCUUCUAUCAUAUCCUCAUCUUUACAGGGUGUUCAUAUCUGUAAUUUCAAAUGUACUUUGAAAGCUUUAGCCAGUAACAGUUUGCACAUGAAAAGCACUUAAAUUAUGUCUGGAGCUUAACCUUUGUGCUGAACAUUCCAGAGGCAACAGCCUAGUGAGGUGGCUUGAAAGAUUCAAACUCAAUCAGUUGUUCUUUUCUAACCAAGAAACGUGAGAUUGUACAGCAUGAGAGUAAUACUUCUCAUUUUUUCUAAUUACAGAACAUUUCUGUACUAAUGGUCAUAGUAAGAAUAUUUAGUUGUUACCUGAAAUCAAUCAUGCUGUGUGCAGCUACUGUAUAUUGCUUUGCUUCUCUGUACUGCACCAAACUGUCGCCUCAGACUUUCUCCUCCAGAUAAUGAAAUGGGGUUCAUACAUAAUAAACUUUUUAUGUAUUUCCUGUCAAAGCUUUGUGGUUUAUUUUAGGAUGGAAGUGUGGGGUUUUGAUGUAUUUACUGUUGUGGGUUUAAUGUUUACAAAUAACUGUCAUGGCAACUUCUUGCUUCAGAAACACCUUGUGACUUCUUUGAAUUAAGAAUGUCUGGUCAUUUCAAUGUCAGAAGAAAUUCUGUAUGAAAGAUUAAAGAUAUUUCCUGUUUGAAGGAGGAGGAUCAUGUUAUUUAAAAAGUACUUCUAAUAACUCUUAAAAAGUACAAGAAUUAAACUAAGUGAAGCAUUGUUAUGAUUUGAAAUGAUUUUUGAGAAGAUAAUCAAGUUGUUUGCGUAAGUUUUAUGCAUUUGCAUGUGCAGAACAGUUGCAUGUAAGCUGUUACCUGGUAUGAACAGAUCGUGAUCUUACGUGCUUAGUUUUCUCUUCACUCUACAAUGCAUUUGAGUAAUUUUAUCCUUUCAGUCUGACAAGGGUUGAAGAGGAGACUCUGAUGCAAAGUAGUAGGUAGGUCUGUGACUUAUCUAUUGAGGUCGAAGGAAGUUGCUGUUGUCCAAAACUUUGAAAGACUUUAAAACUUUGUUUUCUAUUAAGUCUCACCACUACCAGCUCUCCAGUGCUCUUUGGUUGUAUUAAGUUUUCCUUACUAUGUGGUCUUGCAUGUUGUUUAUUUACAAAUCAUAUCUAUUGAUACAAAUACAUAUCUAAUGAUUCAAAUCUAAUGACACUAAUUGUACAGCAAAUAAAAUGUUUUUGCUGCUUGUCA